UCACAGGGAAGAAAUCCUUUCUUCUUGGAGCCUGCUAUCAUAAUUGCAAUAACAGAUGGAAGUAAACUUACAACUAACAGUGGAGUUCAGGAGGAACUCCACUUGCCUUUAAAUUCUCCAUUACCUGGAAGCGAGUUAACAAAAGAGCCAUUUCGGUGGGAUCAAAGACUUUUUGCCUUAGUUCUUCGAAUACCCGGCGCAACAUCUGUUGAGCAAGAACAGGUGACUGCUGUCCAGGCGGAUGACUCCUCAAUCACUCCUAUGUGUGAUGUCACUGGAGGUCGCUCAUACGGUGUGUUCUCACAGCGAAUGUUGAAUCAAUGUCUGGAGUCAUUGGCACAAAAAGUUCAAAGUGGUGUGGUGAUAAACUUUGAAAAAUCUGGACCUGAUCCUUCACUUCCUGAUGAUGGAAUUACAGAUAACAUCAAAGCAGUUGGAGUCCAGCCUUGGCAUAGCUGUCGAAAACUAAUUUAUGUUCGACCGAAUCCUAAAACUGGUGUCCCUCUUGGUCACUGGCCUGUACCAGAGUCCUUCUGGCCAGAUCAGAAUUCUCCAACACUACCCCCCACGAUCCUCCCAUCCCAUUGUGAGGUUUUCCUGCACGAAUUCUGAACCGAUGGUCAUAGAUAAGCUGCCAUUUGACAAGUAUGAGUUGGAGCCAUCACCACUGACACAGUAUAUUUUAGAAAGAAAAUCACCACAUACGUGUUGGCCUGUGUUUGUAGCAAACAGUGCCAAGUACAGUGAACUUGGUCACCCUUUUGGCUACUUGAAAGCUAGCACUGCCCUGAAUUGUGUCAACUUGUUUGUGAUGCCUUAUAACUAUCCUGUUCUUCUCCCUUUACUAGAUGACUUGUUAAAAGUACACAAGACUAAACCAUCUUUAAAGUGGAGACAGCUCUUUGAAAACUACUUGAAAACAAUGCCACCAUACUAUAUUGGACCUCUAAAGAAAGCUCUAAGAAUGAUGGUGUGCUUCAAACCUCCUUCCAGAAAACAUGGAAUAUGGAUUAAGCUACAGCAUUGUCUCCUACCUCAAAAAACUUAGCCAACAGGCCAAAAUGGAAUCUGAUCGAGUUAUAAGCGCUAUAGGGAAAAAAAUGUCCACAGGAAACUGGUAUCAAAGUAAGAAAUGGCAAAACACUAUCUUCACUGGCUGUCAGGAAGGAUUUUAAUGAACUGCUGCAGGAAAUUACAGGUGAAGUGCCACAGAGGCAGUCAGAUGUAAAUGUGAAAGAGUUUCCUGGUUUCCAGAUAGCCCUGCUAAAUAAGGAUCUGAAGCCACAGACUUUUAGAAAUGCCUAUGAUAUAUCUAGAAGCAGUCUCCUGGAUCAUCUGACAAGAAUGAGAACAAAUCUUCUCAAAUCAACUCGCAAGUUCUUCAGUGUACAAGAUGAAGAUCACUUGCAUAGUGUACCCAUAGUGCAAAUGGGAAAUUAUCAGGAAUAUCUAAGAAACAUCCCUUCACCCUUAAGAGAGCUGGAUGCUGACCAGCCAAGAAGACUACACACAUUUGGAAAUCCAUUUAAACUGGACAAAAAGGGUAUGAUGAUUGAUGAAGCAGAUGAGUUUGUGUCUGGUCAUCAAAGCAAGCACAAGCGCCCAGGAGAACCCAGCAUGAUGGGCAUCCCAAAGAGGAGACGAUGUAUGUCACCUCUGCUAAGAAACCGUCCUGCUUCUCCUGUUGUAAACAAUCACAUAGGAGGAAAAGGUUCCCCAUCUGUCACACAAGGUUCACCAGAUUCACCAAAAACAGAAGAUGGACAUGAACAUCCUGUUAUUAACAAUUUGACAGACGCUGUUGAAAACCAUGUUGAGGACCAACUUACCCCAGAUCUGUUCAUGGAUACUUCAGAGCGGUUUGAGACUUUGUCCCAGGUUUCCUUGAACUCUCUGGAAAGUGCAGAAGAUUCCACUGAAGAUAGCGAUUCCGAUAGUUUUACUAAUAAAACUGAGCGGUUUAUAGAAAAUCCAAAACCGUCGGAAAACUUGGGCAACUGCUUUGGAAAUGACACAACAGCACUUUCACUCAAGAUGAGGAGGUUGCGUCCGUGCCGGAGUUAUGAGGAAGUCAACACAGAGCUGAAAAUCAGAAUAAUGAAAGAAAUUAGGAAGCCAGGGAGGAAGUAUGAGCCUAUUUUUGCUUUACUACAAGAAGUACAAGGUGAUCUACAAACACGGCUUCUCUUCUUGCAAAAUGUUAUCAAAGAGGCAGCAAGAUUUAAAAAGCGCAUGUUGAUAGAGCAGUUGGAAAAUUUUCUAGAAGAGGUUCACAGAAGAUCCAACCAGAUGAACCACUUCAGUGGCUGUUAA